AUGAUGCAGAGCGCAGCUGUCCCCGCGGAGGGGGCUGUCAAGGGGCUCCCGGAGAUGCUUGGUGUGCCGAUGCAACAAAUCCCUCAGUGCGCUGGCUGCAACCAGCACAUCCUGGACAAGUUCAUCCUGAAGGUCCUCGACCGACACUGGCACAGCUCUUGCCUCAAGUGUGCAGACUGCCAGAUGCCACUGGCCGACAGGUGCUUCUCCAGGGCCGGAAGCGUCUACUGCAAGGAAGACUUCUUCAAGCGCUUCGGCACGAAAUGCACGGCCUGCCAGCAGGGCAUCCCCCCGACCCAGGUGGUGCGCAAGGCCCAGGACUUCGUCUACCACCUGCACUGCUUCGCCUGCAUCAUCUGUAACCGGCAGCUGGCCACGGGGGACGAGUUCUACCUCAUGGAGGACGGGCGGCUGGUGUGCAAGGAGGACUACGAGACGGCCAAGCAGAACGACGACUCCGAGGCCGGAGCCAAGCGGCCCAGAACCACCAUCACCGCGAAGCAGCUGGAGACGUUAAAGAGCGCCUACAAGAACUCCCCCAAGCCCGCCCGGCACGUGAGAGAGCAGCUGUCCUCCGAGACCGGCCUGGACAUGAGGGUCGUUCAGGUUUGGUUUCAGAACCGAAGGGCCAAGGAGAAGCGCCUGAAGAAGGACGCGGGACGGCACCGCUGGGGACAGUUCUACAAGAGCGUGAAGCGGAGCCGGGCCGGCGGCAAGCAGGAGAAGGAGAGCUCUGCCGAGGACUGUGGGGUCAGUGACAGUGAGCUGAGCUUCCGAGAGGAUCAAAUUCUCUCAGAACUUGGCCACACCAAUAGGAUUUAUGGCAACGUGGGGGACGUUACAGGCGGACAGUUAAUGAAUGGGAGCUUCUCCAUGGACGGGACAGGACAAUCCUAUCAGGACUUGAGGGAUGGGAGCCCCUAUGGAGUCCCCCAGUCUCCCUCCUCCAUAUCGUCCCUGCCAUCCCACGCUCCUUUGCUCAAUGGGCUGGAUUACACGGUGGACAGUAAUUUGGGCAUCAUUGCGCAUGCGGGGCAGGGAGUGAGCCAGACGCUGAGAGCCAUGGCUGGGGGACCCACCUCUGACAUCUCCACAGGAAGCAGUGUAGGCUAUCCCGACUUCCCCACGAGCCCAGCCUCUUGGCUCGAUGAAAUGGAUCAUCCUCCUUUUUAAACAUCUCUCCUCCCCACCCUACCCGUCCUGGCCUGAGAGAAUAUCUU